AGAACUUCAUUUAAAAUUUUAUCUUCAAAAUCUGUAAAUACAUUCCUUCGACUCUAACGUUAUUGAAUCUCUAAUCAUGUGUGCCAGUAAUGAUUUCAACGAAGGAUAUAGUGGAGGACACAAACAUCAAAGGGGAUGGAGAGGGAGCUCAAAAUACGGAAAAGAGGUCGAAAAUGAAGUACGGAUUGUGCUUCUUGGAAAGACCGGAAUAGGCAAAAGCGCUACAGGUAACACUAUUCUUAAUGGUGAUUUCUUUGAUUCAACGACCUCUGGAUCUUCUGUGACGUCACUUUGUACAAGCAGACACACUAAUCGGUUUGGCAAGAAUAUUCAAGUUGUGGAUACACCUGGGAUAUUUGAUACUAAUGCUCCAAAUGAAGUUGUUCAGAGAGAAAUUGUCAAAUGUAUCGGGAUCACUUCCCCUGGACCACACUGCUUUCUGCUUGUACUUGGACUUUCUCGUUUUACACAAGAAGAAGAGGAGAGCAUUGAUCAUUUUGUGACCUACUUUGGAAAGAAAGUUUUUCGAUAUUUUAUCAUUCUGUUUACAAGAAAGGAUGACCUAGAUCACCAUGGCCUGACAUUGGACGAUCACAUCAAGAGUGUUCCACAAAGUCUGAAAACAAUCAUUCGGAAGUGUGAUAAUCGCUGUAUCGCCUUCAACAACCGAGCCACAGGGCCUGUAUUGCAUGACCAAGUAAAAGACCUUCUAGAAAUGAUAGACGAUGUAAUUAGCCAGAAUCAUGGAGAAUUUUACUGCGAUGAAAUGUACUCCGAGGCAGAGAAAGUAAUGAAACAUCGACAAUAUCAAAUUGAGAAAGAAAGAGAACGGGAGAAAGAGCGCGAGAGAAAGAACAUUGAAAAGGAAGUCAAGCAGAAAUAUAAAAGUCGUUUGGGAGCUCAUAUCCAGAACCAAAGCGCUUUAGAGCACCGCGUCGCGGAGCUUGAGUCUCGGAGACAGCACCAAUCAGGCAGAACACCUGUACUUCAAAGGGAAAUUAGUGAGCUUAAGGAUCAGAUUGAUCAUGAAAAACGUCGGUAUGGGAAACCAAGUUCCCUUCUUCUGACCAAACUCAAACAGCUUGAGGACGAGAACGAACAAAUGGGGUCCAUGACGGAUAAUGCUAUGGAGGCAGAGAUAAAUGACCUCCGACAAGAACUACAGCAAAUGCAAAAACACUCCAAGAAAAUGGAAGAGGAGAGGGACCGAUCUGUCCAAGAAAAGCUGCAGGAACAUGACCAGAAAUUUAGUCAGAUGGAAAAUGCGCGGCAUGUGGUCAGAAAGGAAGUAGAAACUGGUUCUGGACUCGUGAAUGACGUUUUGAUGGGUGCUGUCAUAUACAUGUGCAAUUUCAAUGUGCUUAACAGUAAAAAAUAA